AUGCAGUCAUCCUACAGCACACCAGAUUCGCGCACUCGCCCAAAGGUGCGCAUGGAGCCGGUCGCAUCUCCUACUCGACCUUCCCGUUCUUCUGCUAGCGGCGGCUCGAGCUCAAUGCUAGGUUUCCCCAUCCCGACUGAUCUUUUACUCGGCUUGCUGCUCAACAAGACUCUUCUGGCAUCAGCAGCUCUGCUUGUGCGAUCCUGGCUAUCUUGGCCUCACAGCGAAUCGAUACACUCCCAGCUAUCUUUCACAGAACCAUCGGGAUUGAGUAGGGAUAGGAAGAGCAGCACGAGCUCUUGGGCAAUCGCAACAUUCGCUUUCCUCAUCGCCGCCGUCUUACAAGGUGUCUGGUUCAAGGCAUGGCAAUGGGCUCCAGCAGUCAAACAAGUCGAUAAGCGCCGUCUCUGCACCCUUGCAGCAAUCACAUUCGUCCAGCUCCUCGUCUGGCUCAUGGCUGUCCGCAAACUCGACGCAGUCAACGUCAUCAUCUUUACCCAACACUGCGAGAUAUGGGCGGUAGACCUUGCAAAGAGCUUGAGCGGUCGAAGCUACGGUGGCUACACGACACUUUUCGCCCUUGCCAUCUCUUUCCUUUCCUCUGUCUCGAACCUCGACUCGCCUUCACGAGGGCCUUUGGACUAUUCAGGACACAUCUUGGACAUGUAUACAGAUUCCGAUCUGCCAGAUAGCUUGAGGAGGAACAGACCGGCCGGUCUAGCUUCGCCCUCGCAGUUGAGAGCAGCUUCAGCAGCCGUGGAGGCAUCAGCGGCCAACUUUAGCGUCUUUGGUACGCUCACUGGUCAUGCCUAUCUGCUUAUCUUUGCAUUGCUGACGAUCGAGAAAGAGAGCGCACUGCUAAGUGCUAGCAGAGACACGGGCGGACGAAGAAGAGCAGGAAUAGUGGCUACCAUUGUUGCUGCUGCUUUUGCAGUACCCUCGUCGCUCUUGCUCAAGCUGUUCGGCUUUUCGACUUUCCCAGAAAUCUCCUCCAUCCUACCCUCAUCGAACAGUGGAGAGGGAGGCAGCUUCAGCCAUCUCCCCGCUUAUCUCGCUAUCUGCUUCGGCUUCUUGAUCCUUGAGCCACUCGUUAGCACUUCGAUCGAGUCGCACGCCUCUACCAAGGAUAGAGUUGCCCACGGCUGGCCGAUUGCUGUGCUUGCCUCGUUUGCCAUCGGAUUCGUUGGGUUCGGAUACAAGCCUCACUGGUCCCAAGUAGGUGUCGCCUUGCUGGUCGGCCAAACGCUGCGCUCGAUCCUCAAGAACUCGCCUGAUCACAUUUCUACACGCUUUACCGCCUCAUCUUCGCCCAGCAUUGGCGAGGACCACCAGGGCAAGGCAGUAUCGACCAGCUCAUCGGACGUCUCAGCUCUACAAGAACUAGUCGAUUCCUUCACCUCGGCCAACGCAGCCACCAAACGAACCAUCAAGAUCAUCCUUGCCAACCCAGAUUCACGCAAGAUCUUCCAAUUUCUUGUCGUUAAUCUCGCCUUCAUGGGCGUUCAACUCCUCUGGGGAGUCUGGACCAACAGUUUAGGUUUGAUCAGUGACGCCAUCCACAUGUUCUUCGACUGCGCAGCCAUCGGUAUGGGCCUGUUUGCCAGUGUCAUGGCCACCUGGCCUACCGACUCGACAUUUACAUAUGGCUAUGGGAGGGUGGAGACGUUGAGUGGAUUCGCUAAUGGUAUCUUCUUGAUCUUGAUCUCGGUAUUUAUCGUCUUCGAGGCGGUGCAGAGGAUCAUCGAGCCACCGGUGAUGAACAAUAACACACAGCUGCUAGUAGUCAGUAGUAUGGGUUUAGCGGUCAACUUGUUCGGUAUGUGGGCUACUGGUGGACAUCAUCAUCAUCAUCAUGGUCAUUCGCACGGGCAUGGACACGAUCAUGGACAUGCACAUGCACACGAUCACGGACACGGACACGGACAUGGACACUCGCACAACAUGAUGGGUGUCUAUCUGCACGUCAUGGCUGACACGCUCGGCUCGGUAGGAGUCAUCAUCAGUACGCUGCUGAUUGGGCAGUUUGGCUGGACUGGGUUCGAUCCGAUUGCUUCGCUUUUCAUCGCCUUCAUGAUUGUUGGUUCUGUGAUUCCACUGGUGUUGGAGUCGGGCAGGAUCUUGUGCUUGGAGGUAGGAGAGCAUAGAGAAGAGGAGAUGAACGAGGCGCUGGAUGCGUUGAGGAGCAUCGAGGGUGUUGCCUCCUAUCACUCUCCCAGGUUCUGGCCAAAGGAUGCAGAGACGCUGGUGGGGACGAUUCGAGUCCAGGUUACUUGGCCGCCUACUGCUGCUGCUGCUGCUGACGGGCAUCAGCACGAGCGCGAUCACGAGCACAAGCACAAGCAUCAACAUAGUGCUCAUGGUCACAAGCAGAGCCAUGGACAUGAGCACAAGCACGACCAUGCCCACGACUACUCUCGUGACCACAGCCAUCGUCACGACCAUAGUCACGCCAACUACCACGAUCACAAUCACAGUCACGGCCAUUGCCACAACUACGAAAGCGAGCACAGCACACACAGCAGCAACGGCGUAAGCGCAGCCUCAGGAGCAACUACACCAGAAGUAAUCGCCAAGAAGGUGGAAAACCUACUCAAGGCUCGCAUCCAUGGCUUGGAGAGUGUAGCAGUUCAGCUGGAGAAGGUUGGUGGAGCAGCAUCACCAGGUGGAGCCGGUGUAUUUGGAAGCACACCAAUGUCGGACUCGCCUUCGUACAGCAGCCUGUAG